AUGUUGGACCCCUUUUGCCCUGUUACCGGCAAACGCCACCCUGUACCCGGCUCCGCCAAGUUCACGGAGGUCUGCAAGAGAUGCAAGACUACGCUCCUGCUCGACCUCGUUUCUGACGACGACUCGGAUCAUGGAAUUUCAGCCAAUUCUGCCCUAACCCCUGUUUCGCCUGUCGCUAUACCUCCUGCCCAACCUAGCCAGUCUGUCCAGCCUACCCAGUCGACUCCUGAUAUUACAACUACCCCUCGUCCAUCUCAAGCGGGGCAGGCACUUACUGGGUUCAACAAAGCUCACUCAACUGCUCUUGCCGAACGCAACUCUCCAAACCCAAACGUCAAGCCUGUUCAACCUUCUCCAGUUGUGAUCUCAAUUACACUGGAGGUCUUCGCUGCAGAUGUGGAUGUUGUCACCAUCGGGGGGCAGGAGACUCGUCGAUGGACUGAAGUUGGCUCAAUCAGCUCUUGUCUUCCAGUCCAAGUGCCUCUUGAUCAGCACUUUGCCAAUCACGAACACAUUAUCCGGUACUUGCUUGACAAUGCCUGCAGGGCCAAGAAGUUUGCACCAUCUGAGUUUCGAUUCAUCGGCAAACUCUCAGCUGGCAAGAACAAGAAAGUAUCUGAGAUGACUAGCCUUGAUCCAGAGAGACCUGUCACAUUCCGUGACCUUCACAAGGCAACAACAAAUAGGGGGAAUGUCAAGCCUGAUGAGAAUGUGUCUCUGUAUCUCCUCAAGGAGAAACUAUACCCUGUCGUACGGGAGGAAAGGGAGGACCUAGCUGUCAAGAAGACAGCAAAACGUGCUCGAUCAGAUACCCAGGGGUUAACAGCCAUUGCGUCAAGCUCGAAGCUUGUGGGGGGUCUUUCUGUCUUGUCGAAGAAGGCUAAGUUAGAGCAGGACAAGGUGACAAAGAAGGAUCAGGAGGAAAGAGUUAAGGAGGAGCCUGAGACUAGCGAGUCUGAAGCCAAUGAUGACAAGCUGAUCGGUACAAUUAAGGAUGAUCUAACCGGAAGAAGCUUGAUGCGCAAGACGUGGCGUAAUGUGGCUGAAUACAAUCUUAUUCCCGCUGUUGCAUGCGAAGUGGAUUAA